AUGGCACCCAUUUCAGAAAGCCUGAUGGCUCGCAGCCUCGAAGUGAUUCCUCUUUUGCCAACAGCACCUUAUACGACACCCUCUAUGAAAGCCAACCUGAUCUGCCGAGUGGUUUCCGCAUGCCUGGCCAACCUGGUUUGUCUGAUUCCGCUGAGAAACCUGUAUCGCAACGGCGAGUUUGCGGCGGUUGUGUUCGUUUCCACAGUCAUCCUUCUUAACCUUCUUACAGUCGUCAACUCUCUCAUCUGGCGCGACGACAACAUUAAAGAAUGGUGGAGAGGCUGGGUCUGGUGCGAUAUUCACCCUUACCUCUACCAACCUGCUUUAACCAUCUACGCCACAUCGAUCGCCGCCAUCAUGCGAAAUCUCGCAGAGCAAGUCAACUUAGACCGCGCUGGUCCGCUCACUACCAUCGAGAAGAAGAAGAAGAUGUGGAUCCAGGCUUUGAUAAUAUUUCCGCUCCCCGUCAUUCAAGUCGGCUGGCUGUAUCCUCUGGCAGGACAGAGAUACAUUAUUGGCACACUCAAGGGGUGCUUAUGGAUUCUCACCUGGAGACGAUUUAAGCAGAUUGAAGGCACAACUCGUUCUGCUCUCGUCUCAAACUCCUCAACCGCUGCGAGAUCGAAUCGAACACGGCGUAGGUUGUUCUUGAUGACAACCUGCAUUCUUGUUCCUUACGUCCCAAUUUCCUGCGCCUAUGCGGUCUACCAGAUCAAAAUUUACUUGCCUUUACAAGCAUUCGACUUCAAAGAAAUUCACUAUGGUGACGGCGCCUGGCCAUGGGAUUCGGUCAUCCUAUACCCAUACGACCAACUAACCUUCUUCGAACUCAACUCCAACUAUCUACCAAUCAUCACGACAGCAGCAAUAUUCGUCUUCUUCGGCAUGAGCAAAGACUCAAUGGAUACAUAUCGUCACUGUUUGUUGACCAUGCGUCUCGAUAAAGUGUUCCCGAGACUAAGUGACGACGCCACAUCAAGCACAGGUCAAAUUCCAGCAGGCUCCUGGGGGACAGUCUCAAUGUCAACGCUCGCCAAGUCUCCAAAGUAUAGUUUCGGUCGAUCUGUUCAUGUUAGCCAGGUUUCAAAGGGACAAGGCUCGUUAUCUUCGCCACCUCCACCAUACACCACAGAGGUCAACGACCCUUCCGACGACAUGAUAAUUACCGUCAUAGAACCCGAAUCCUGUGCGAUCAGCGAGCACAAAGAUUAUACCACUGCCAGGUGUAUUUCCUCAGAGACACCUAAGGGAGGCUAUCACCACGGGGACUCUCCCCCCAAUAAUCUCACUGGCUCUUUCCGCGGCCGACUGGGAGUCCACGGGUUCUCAGGCAAACAGAUACCGGCAGUUAAGUCCCGUGUGCACGCACACUUGGGGUCGGACAUGAACCACCUUCAAGCGGAGCAAUCAACUCAAGACGAUUGGUUACCCCGACUAUCUCCCCAGCCGGAGUUGAUUACCAUGAUUCAAGCGCAUAUGGAACAACCAGAGACCUACAGCCAGGAGCGCCGGAGAUGA